AUGGAGGACUCUACAGUGAAAACACAACAUAAAAGCGGAGCAAAGGGACUCUCCACAACGGACGGCCAUGCUGUUGGUUCGUGGCUGGAGAGCGUCCGGCGAAGGAUACCUGCCAGCUACAAGGAGGAGAUGCUCAAACUUUUAAAACUUGCAGGGCCAGUGUUAAUUUCCCAGUUGAUGGUCUUUCUAAUUGGCUUUGUGAGCACCGUGUUUUGUGGCCACCUGGGGAAAACGGAGCUAGCCGGGGUGGCGUUAGCCAUAGCGGUGAUAAAUGUCACCGGUAUUAGUAUCGGCUCUGGUUUGGCCUCAGCCUGUGAUACUCUCAUGUCUCAGACUUAUGGGAGCGGUAACCUGAAGCGGGUGGGAGUGAUCCUCCAAAGGGGGGUCCUGAUCCUGCUCCUGGCCUGUUUCCCCUGCUGGGCCAUUCUCAUCAACACAGAGCCCAUUCUGCUGGCUGUCAGACAGAGCCCAGAGGUCGCCAGGCUCGCACAGCUGUACGUGGAGAUCUUCAUGCCUGCUCUACCGGCCGCCUUUAUAUACCAGCUGCAGGGGAAGUAUCUUCAGAAUCAGGGUAUCAUUUGGCCCCAGGUGAUAACCGGAGCGAUCGGGAAUGUUUUUAACGUGGUGGUGAACUAUAUCUUCCUCUAUUUUCUGGAUUUGGGUGUUGCUGGAUCUGCAGCAGCUAACGCCAUCUCACAGUUCUCCCUGGCUGUGUUUCUCUACAUUUACAUCUGCUGUGCAGGGCUGCACAAGGCUACAUGGGCAGGUUGGUCAUGUGACUGUCUACAGGAGUGGGGUCCUUUCAUCCAGCUGGCUAUUCCCAGCAUGCUGAUGUUUUGUCUGGAAUGGUGGCUGUACGAGAUUGGAGGAUUCCUGGCUGGUGUAAUUAGUGAGGUUGAGUUGGGAGCUCAGUCCAUUGUUUACGAGCUGGCCACUAUUGCCUAUAUGUUCCCAAUGGGAUUCUCUGUUGCCGUCAGCGUGCGGGUUGGGAACGCUCUUGGUGCCGGGAACACGGAGCAAGCCAAGCUGUCCAGCAAGGUCUCCCUCGUCUCUGCAUUUAUAGUCUCGUGCUUUGUUGGAGCUUUUCUCGGAGUGACUCGAGAUGUGAUUGGGUACAUUUUCACCACAGACGAAGAAAUUGUUCAGAGGGUAUCUGAUGUAAUGGUGAUGUAUGGCUUCAUACAUCUUGCUGAUGCCACAGCGGGUGUGACGGGCGGCAUUGUCAGGGGAGCUGGGAAGCAGACGACUGGCGCUCUGUGUAACUUGGUGGGCUUUUACUUCAUUGGUUUCCCCAUUGGAGCAUCCCUUAUGUUUACUGCAAAACUGGGCAUUGUAGGGCUGUGGUCAGGGCUCUUCAUCUGCGUCAUUAUACAGUCCGUAUUCUUUAUCGUUUACCUGUGUAAGCUAAACUGGAAGAAAGCCACUGAAGAGGCACUGUCUAGGGCAGGAGUACAGGUGACGGGCAAAGAGAUGUUAAAGAUGGAAAAUGAGGAGCGCUCCAUGGCAGCAUUAGACUCCACUCCCAAACAGACCCUGGUAAAGACCACAGCGUCUUCUUUCCAGAGUGUCGAGGAGGGGACCACAGAUCCUGGAGGGCUCAGAUCUGGCCAGGACAGAACAGCCACCCCGACCAUGGGAGGCGUCCUGUCGGUCAGACAGCUGGUGUUACGACGUGGUCUGGCUGUGUUUUUAAUGCUCUUCAUACUUGGUGCAGGAAUCUUCACCCAUGAGCUGCUCGUCAGACUGCUCAGAUAA